AUGGCGAAGGGCAAAGUUCUGUGGUUAUCUGUUCUCCUCCUCGGCUCGGCGCUCUCUCAGCCUCUGCCGGAGGCGGUACCGGAGCCCCAAAGCCCCUGCCCGUGUUCAGAGCCCUGCCCCUGUGACGGAGUCAGCUAUGACUGUGGACCUCGGCAAGUCUGUCCACAGCAGUCUAACAUCGUGGUACGUCCGGGCCCCAUCUCAUGCCCCAGGCCCCAACCAAUCUGGGUGAGGCCCCAGCCGAUUUGUCCCCCAGCACCUGCUCCAAUAACCAUCAGGCCCCCACCAGUUCAGCCCCCACAGCAGCCCCCGUUCACAGUGAGAGUGCCUCCGGUGAUGCCUCCAGUGCUGCCCCCUAUCUGUGUUCGACCACAGCCCGUGCCUGUACCUUGCCCUAGCCCCAUCAAGGUGACUCCAAGCCCAGUUCAGCCCCCCCUCCCGACGCCAUUAGUCAUCGUGCCCCCCAGAGUGUCAGUUCCCAGCCCUCCCACCAUCGCCUUCCAGCCUGAUCCACCACAGAUCUUCCGGACUAUAGGUUGUGCUGACGUUAGUGCUCUACGGAACCAGGAUCCAUGUCCAACGCCUUGGUUCCCCUCGCCGUGCCCUUUGCCGUGCCCUCAACCUUGGUUUCCACCCCCUAACCCUUGUCCUGCCCCUAUAAACCCUUGUCAGCCACCUUGCCCCUGUGGCUUCUAAGCUACGGGUGAAUUUUGAGCAUUUAGCAGACAAUCGAGAAAGGCACUUUUCAUCUAUAAAAAAAAAAAUGUUUUCAUCACACGCAUGCAGACGGAGCGUGAGUUAUAGAAAAAUCGUUCUCCCAAGGGAAUAAUGAAAUUUCUUGUACCGUACUUAACUUUUUUACAUCUAUUUACAUA